AGAAACAUUCCAGCAUGUGUCAUGAGAAAAAGAACACGGAACCAAAGAUUUAGGGGAAGUGUUUCCGGGGGAUACAGAUACCGUCCGGUAACGUUUGCAAUGAGGUCACUGAAGGGAUUGAAAGUCAUAGUGUUGCGGGCAUGCAGUACAGCACAGGCAACUCCGGUUAUUGCCGCAAAGCAUCCUUUUAAAGUGGAGCUAAAGGCUGAUAAAAAAUACCCGUGGUGCAGCUGUGGGUACAGCAAGAAACAGCCGUUCUGUGAUGGUUCACACAAGAAGGCAGCCCCGGGUCUCUCUCCAUUACGCUUCACCAUAACAGAAGACAAGGAAGCCUGGCUGUGCGGCUGCAAGCAAACCAAAAACCCGCCAUACUGUGAUGGAACACACAAAGAGAGCUACGUGCAAAAUUGUACCCUGAAACCGAACCAGUGAAUUAUGGUCUCUAUAGGGUUAAUAACACCCAAGGGGGCCUGGUUGAAUGUAUUAAAGGGGUACUCUGGUGGAAAACUUUUUUAUUUUUUAUUUUUAAAUCAACUGGUCCCAGAAAGUUAAACAGAUUUGUAAAUUACUUCUA